UCUGCCUGUCGCGGAUGUCUGUCUGCCGCUGACAAUCCGUCCACGGAUACCCUUCGGUCCUGGCCAGCCCGCAGCAGUCGUCAAGUCUGUUCGGUAGCACUCAGCCAUGUGCCGUUUCUCAGCAGAUCGACCGACACCGUUGCAUGCACCACCUCUUUCGUCGCAAUUUCUGGCAUGAGCCCGCUCCGCCACCCAGCCAACUGCUGGCCAGCCUGUCCACGUGAGCGGCUCCAGACCGCUGAAUCCGUCUCGGCUUCGGUGUCGUUCGGGCUGGCGCCAGGGCGGUGAUGUUCCAUCGCUGCCAGCACCGUCGUCGCCAUCACCACGGUCUCCUCACCGCUAUUGUCGGCCUCACCCGCCAGCAAACUCAUGCGACCCGCAGGCGCCAUGAUCGCCAACGCCAUGCUUGUUCCUCCCCGUCCGCUGAGCGCAAUCGAUCCGCUUCGGCCAGUCUCGGGAACGAUUGGCACCAACGCCGUCCCGAACCCCACAACCCUCUCGCAACCAUCUCAGCAACCCCAGCAACCGCAGUAUAACCCUCGCCUGCUUGAUGACUGGGAGGCCAGAUCGCCGCUCUCCGAGACCCAGAAGCUCUCUAUUCUCUUCCUCAAGGAGAGGGAGGUCGAUAUGCAGCUAGGUUCGAUCGAUUCCAAGAUCAGCAGCGACGAUGGCAGGCCCAAAGCAGCCCUAUCCAAGGAAACCAGCGCUUCGUCGCUCUCAACCACUGCGACCGAUGUCGACCUCCUCUCUCCCAAGCCAGCCUUUGGCGGAGACCAGCCCCCGGGGCUUUCCGAUGCCGCAGAUAUCCGCGAAGCAGUGGGCCAAUCGCUGCUUUCCGAGCCCAUCGAGAAUACCCGCCAGUUCCUCGCAUGGUUUUCGCGGAUCGAAGAGGAGAUGGAGAAGGAGCAGGAGGACAUUUACAGACUGCAUCUCGACUCGAUCCACGAAUACCAGCGCAGCUGCAGCGACUUUCUCGUCAAUAUCGAUGCAACAAAGCAGGAGCUCGCUGUUCUCGCCAAAAACUAUCGCUUUGUCGAGGACAGGACAAAGGCCCUCCAACUUGCCUGUGAGACACUGCUGGACGAGCAGAACCAUCUCGUCGAGAUUGUCCGCGAAAUCAGCGAGCGUCUGCAGUUCUACAACGAGCUGGAGCAUGCCAUGAAGCUCUUCAGCUCGCCCGGAAACUCUGUCUGUCUCGACCCGCAGUUCACGCCGAUUCUGCGCAAGCUGGACGAAUGUCUCGUCUUUUGCACCGAAAAUAUCCAGUACAGGGACUCGGAGCUUUAUCUCAUGAAGUUCCGGCAGUGCAUGACCCGCGGCAUGUCGCUCAUCAAGAUGCACUGCGUUGCCUCGCUCCGGGCACUGCUAAUCGACAUCAAGGAGCGGCUGUCCAACAGGGCGCCUGACGAUGUGCUGCCGCCGAGUCUUCAAGUGUCCAUAUUUUACGUCAAAUUCAAGACCCUGGCGGUCAGCCUCAAGCCGCUGCUCUCAGAAAUUGAGAUUCGCUGCCACGGAUAUAAAGAGUACCAUCAGCUGCUUGCCGACUGCCACAACGCCUACUUUAGCGUGCGCCGUCAGCUCCUCAGCCCGUACAUCAUGCAGCAAAUCAACGAGAUCACAUCGGCCGACAAUAUCCUUGACUAUACCCAAAAGGGAUGUGCAUAUAUGAUGCGGCUUUGUAUGGACGAGUUCUCGUUGUUCUAUCAUUACUUCACCCAAGGAGAGACUGCACUUUUGGGCUUCCUCGAGUCGCUGUCAAACCUCCUCUACGACGAGCUCCGUCCCAAGGUUCUCGCCCAGACCCGUAUCGAUGUUCUCUCGGAGCUGUGUCAGACCUUGCAGGCCCACGCCAGCGCCGCCAGUCUGCCGGUCCCAGUUCCUGCAUCAGAGCCCGAGGGUGACCAGCAGGUGAUCCAGGAGGAUCAACUGGCCGCCAUCCGCCUCAUCGCGAUGAAGAUCCUCCAGGACGCCCAACAGCGGCUGGCCUUCCGCGCGCAGGCGUUCAUCAAGAGCGAAAUUGAGGGAUUCAAGCCGCGCGACCAAGAGCUUCUGAUUUUGGCACGAGGCGGUGGCCUGCCAGAUCCACACAUCAUCAACUCCUCCGUUAGUGUGGCAGCCAUGCUUGGUCCACACAAUCACCAGCCGAGCUCGAGCUUGAAUGAUGUGCCUGCCGUCCUACAGGUCACCGAUGUCAGCGAAGCUGUAUCCGAGAGCAACUUCCAGACCGCCAGCGCAUCCGAAACCACACCUGCGGUCCCCAGAAUCAACACCUCCAUGCGCAAGAACAGCGCCACAAACUCGUUUGGCGCGCUGGUCUAUGGCGGCGGCGAGUGGUAUCCGACUCUCCAGAAGACGCUCUAUAUUCUUUCAAAGCUGUGGCACUGUGUCCCGGAUAAAAUCUUUGAGGACAUUGCCGAGGAGGCCGUGGAUCUUUGCCGCCAGAGCCUGAUCCGCGCUGCCGAAGCCAUCACAGCUUCGAAAAACUCCAAGCUGGACGGACAGUUCUUCUUGAUCAAGAACCUGUUGAUGCUGCGCGAGCAGAUUGCUCCGUUCGACGUCGACUUUGUGCGCAAGGACGACGUCCUCGAUUUCCCGGGUCUCUCGGAGGCCGUCUCGACACUCAUGGUAAAGUCCUGGUCCAUCUCGAACCUGACGACUAUCAGCCGAGACUUGAUCACCGCCGCAUCGACACCUCAGCUCCUCGAGAACUACUCUGAUGCCAAACAAGGAGUCGACAACGAGCUCAAGCGAGUCUGCGAGGAUUUCAUUCUCGAAACGACAAGGGCGUGCACCGAGCCCAUUUCCAGCUUCAUGCUCAAGGUCCAUGCCUUCAAUAUCAAGAACGAUGCCAAGCCUGCUAGUGCUCGGGAGCUGCUGAUGCGACAGCCGUUUGCGACGCCUGACCAAGUCCAGUUGGUGGUCGCGAGUCUCCAAGAGCUGCUCAAGAGCCGACUCGUCUCGACCCUCUCCAAAAUGUCGGACUAUCUCGGGGACAAGAAAACCGAAGGCAUCCUGAUUCGUGUGCUUGCGAACAAUGUCCUGGAGCACUAUCAACGCUUCUACCAGGUGGUGUUUGCGUCCUACGACUCGGAACUCUCUGGGACGAUCAUGACGGCAGGCGAGGCUGAGGCCCUGAUUGACCAGAUCUGCUCAAGCACCCAAAAGAAGCGAACCCCGAGCACCGACAGCUUCAUUUGAUCGCUGCGUGUUCGAAUCACCUCAGCGAUUCACAGGUGUGCAGACUCGGCUCGACUUGAGUCUUGGUUGGUUGCGCACCCCUCCACUCAAGCGGAUCGAUCCUAUCGAGCCGUGACCUUUGUGCAGCUUCAUCGCAGCCCAGCCCAGGCAUAUCUGCUCCUCCUUGCUUCUGCGUUUGAGUGUGUGCAUUCUCUCUUGGCAGCAGCCACUCGCUCGCUUCGUCACUUGGUAUGGUCGCUCAAUCCCAGAUGAUCGGCUUGAAAUCAAUGGGCCAGCCCGCAUUGCAUCGGCAUUGCAUCGGC